CUCGAACAGAUCGUCCAGAUCAUCUUCGACAUCAUCGCCGGAGCCGCGGGAGGCAAGGAGGCUCAGCCAAGACCAUCCUGGACACCCUCCUCGCCAUCCUCCACGCCUCGGCUUCACUGACGAGGACAUUGCACAUGCCCUGGAAGAGCUGCAGCACCAGAUGGAGAUCGUGAUCGCCGACAUGACCCCCGACGAGAUCCUGGAGGUCCAGCACGCCCUCGACGACAUCCUCAACCAGGUCAACUCCGGCGAGGCCGACAUCAACCAGGUCCUGGUCGACCUGUCCAUCAUCUACACCGAUAUUUACCCCCAUCUGACCCCGGAGGGCCAGGCUGCCCUCGAACAGAUCGUCCAGAUCAUCUUCGACAUCAUCGCCGGAGCCGCGGGAGGCAAGGAGGCUCAGCCCAAGACCAUCCUGGACACCCUCCUCGCCAUCCUCCACGCCCUCGGCUUCACUGACGAGGACAUUGCACAUGCCUUGGAGGAGCUGCAGCACCAGAUGGAGAUCGUGAUCGCCGACAUGACCCCCGACGAGAUCCUGGAGGUCCAGCACGCCCUCGACGACAUCCUCAACCAGGUCAACUCCGGCGAGGCCGACAUCAACCAGGUCCUGGUCGACCUGUCCAUCAUCUACACCGAUAUUUACCCCCAUCUGACCCCGGAGGCCCAGGCUGCCCUCGACCAGAUCGCCCAGAUCAUCAUCGACAUCAUCAGCGGUGGUUUGGGCUCAAAGAUUCGACACUAAAAUGAAGACCCAUUUUAAUGUUAGAAAUAUUUAUUAUAUCAUUUGAUUUAUAGCACCAACUUGAGGUUCUGCAUUAAUAUAUUAACAUUUUGUAA